AUGGAAGUCUUUGAGCAUUCUCCCACGUCACUGAUUCUUCAAAGAGCUCUCAAAUCUGCUCUUCCAUACAGUAUCAACUUGGUCUUUCGCACACAGCAUAAAACCCAAUCGGAGCACGCACACAUACUAUCAACAAUAUCCACGUCGGCUACGGAAGUCCCAGAGUGCUGGGCAGCAGCAUACCUCGACCGCUCCAUGCGGCCAGGAACUGAACUCUGGCUGUUCGCACGAGGAGAAGACCCAAACCACGUAUGUGAAAGAGAUGGAACACCGAACGGAGCUUCUGCUUCGGCAUCUAGCAACUCAUCCUCAACAAAAGGCUUCUGUCCCCAAUGCAAACUCGCUGUCCUCUCCCUGCUAUACCACAUGGCCACGCUCCCCACCCCACCCCUCCACCCCGAUGAACUCCCUAGUCUCGAACUAGCAAAGCAGCACGAGAAGGCCCACCCCGAUGCAGGACCAGGCGUCGUCUACAACCUCUCUCCAGGGACUUACAUGCGCCACCUUCUCUGGCCAGGCGUCGUAACGCUCGGCGCAUGCCACUCGGCACUGGUCUCCAUCUGCCGGGAGGCUGGAAUCCUGCGCGAAGAACUCCCCAGCGCGACCGCCGUUCUGAACAAGUUCCUGUUCAGGAUCGAGGAUCUGCCACCCGUUAAGCUGCUGCCCGCGGGCCUACGCUGGGGCGCAAUGAGGCUGCAGGAUCUCCCGACCGUGCAGGCACGCACCAGUAUCCCGCGGGCGACGCGCACACUACUGAGCCUGGCGAGUAAGGGUGUGUUCGAAGAGGCUACGGAUAAGGCUGUGGCGUGGGCAUUUUUGGGGCUGGAUGGGAGUCUGACAACGCUGCAUACGGAGGCUGAGUGGCGGGAGAAGGGCAUUGCGAAGAGUGUCGCGACGGGCGUUAUUGGGGAGUAUGCGCAGGGGCUGGCUGUGGAUGGCAGAGGAACGGCAUGGAGUCACGCCGAUGUGUAUGCGGGAAAUGCGCAGAGCGAGAGUGUGUGUAGGAAGUUGGGAGGCCAGGCAAUGUGGCAGCAUUAUUGGGUGAGGAUCGAUCUUUCGAAGGCGGGAUCAUUGGCGUGA